UUUGUUGGUCAAUACUGGAAUAACAGAUUUUUAACCACCAUUUGUUCUCUCUCUCUCUUUCCUUUCUGUCCCCUCUUUCCUCUUGUUCGCGUCUGCUCCUCUCCCUGUAGUGUGGCGGUCACUCGUUCCAAAGAUGUGCCCUCUUUCGGCCCCCCUAUCCCAGAGGGCGUGACCUUUCCCAAGUCCUCUGUGUUCCGGGACUUCCUGCUGGCCAAGGUCAUCAAUGCAGAAAAUGCUGCCCACAAGUCACACAAGUUCCGUGCCAUGGCCACCCGAACACGGCAGGAGUACCUGCGCGACCUGGCCGAGCGCCACACCACCAGCACACCCAUCGACCCCUCGGGAAAGUUUCCUUUCAUCUCACUGGCCCACAAGAAAAAAGAGAAGAGCCGUCCGUAUGGAGCGGCGGAGCUGCGCAGCCUGGGGGCGGUGACCUGGCCGGUCCAUGCUGAGGAUCACGGGACUGGAGGGGAACUGGAGGCCCUUCUGGCCAUCUCCAAUGACUUUCUCAUCCUGUUGGACCAGGAGGCCAAGGCCGUGGUGUUCAACUGUGCCACUAAGGAUGUGAUUGGCUGGACACUGAGCAGCCCUGCGUCUUUGCGGAUUUUCUAUGAGCGGGGAGAAAGUGUGUCUCUGAGGAGUAUCAGUAAUAACACUGAGGAUUUCAAGGAGGUGGUCAAACGUCUAGAGUUCCUGACUAAGGGCUGUGAGACAUCAGAGAUGACUCUUCGUCGAAAUGGCCUGGGGCAGCUCGGCUUCCACGUGAACUAUGAAGGCAUCGUGGCUGAGGUGGAGCCAUAUGGUUACGCCUGGCAGGCGGGGCUACGGCAGGGAAGCCGAUUGGUAGAAAUCUGCAAAGUUGCUGUAGCAACACUGACCCAUGAGCAGAUGAUUGACCUCCUGCGGACUUCAGUGACUGUGCGUGUUGUUAUCAUCCCUCCACAUGAUGACGCCACUCCACGCAGGGGCUGUUCAGAGCUCUAUCGGCCUGUUUCAGACUACAAGGGCAGCAGCAGCGAUAGUGGUUCAUUUGAAUACAAGUUCCCCUUCCGCAGCAAUAACAACAAGUGGCAGAGGACGUCCAGCAGCCCUCAGCAGUCACUGACUGCCUCGCCUCAGCCCCACACGCCCAAUCGGGCUAUCAGCCUGGGUAGCUCAGUGGGGAAGACACUGUCAGCUGAGAGGCUGGAGAGGGGCGCAGUCAUCCCACGCAGUGUCAGCAGCGAUGGCCGGCCCCUGGACACCAAGAGGAUGUCUCCGGGUAGUGAGAGCUAUAGCCUGGCCUCCUCCCUGGCGUUGGGUCGUUCUCCUCACAAUCGAAGCUCUCCCAGCAACCUGUCUUGUUCCAGUGACACCUCCGGAAGCUCCGCUCACUGGAGACAGAAGUCCAUGCCUGAGCAGUUUGCAAGCAACCGGCACUCUCCGAUGUCUUCGGAGAGGCGAGAGGGGGUUGGAGAGGGCGGGUCCAGUGGAAAGUCGACUCCCAAUUGGUCGAGAAUGGAGGAGGGAGGAGGAGCCGAACGAGGGUCAACAGAGGCCCCAGUCUCUAAGUCUGGUCAAGGCUACUCCGGAGCUCCUCGCAUCCAGAGGCAGGAGCAGGUCAUCCACCUGUCCCCAAAGAAGGGCAGCCAGUCGGAUGGCCCUUAUUCUGGCCACUCCAGCAGCAACACUCUAUCCAGCACAGCGUCCAGCGGGGGCCACAGCGACAGCGAUAAAUGGUACGAAAUGGGAGCAGGUGGAGCCUCCGGCGGUGACCAGGGUGAAACAGAGCCCAACGGCCUGGGAGGAGGCGGCUACCUUCAGGGGGCGUCGGCCGACAGCGGCAUCGACACCAGCUCUUAUGGAGCCCCUCACCACGCUCACCCCCACUCUCAUCACGGCAGCACCACCUCCCUGCUAGCUCCCAGUGGAGGCCGAGAGAGCAGGGAGAGGUCAGUGUCUCCAUGGCAUAGCCCCACCGAGGGAGGCCGCAGGAUGUUGGAGAGGUCACCUGCGGCCGCUGAGUCCCCAGGCCCGCCAGGAGAAAGGAGUCUGGACGGGACAGGCCGAACCCCACCUACUCAUCUCCUUGUUAGAGACAGCAGCACCUACAGUCUGAGUGACGCUGGAUCACACUCGAGUGCCAGGCACUCAGGCCACAGCUCCCCAAGAGAGGAGUCCUCCUCAUCAGCCACCUCUCCUUCAUCCCAGUCCUCAGCAUCCCCUGGCCCCAAAAGCUUCUACCCCCGCCAGGGAGCUCAGUCCAAGUACCUGAUUGGCUGGAGGAAGCCUGGUUCCACCAUCAAUUCUGUCGACUUCGGGGACACACGCAAGUAA